AUGACGCAGGAGGAUGCACUAGCGUAUAUGGAUGGUGAUGAGAUUGUGGAGGUUACGCCCGGGAGUGUUACAUUGAGGAAGAUUGUGUUGGAUCAGGCUAAGAGGGCGAGGAUGAAGGGGGGGAGAAGCAGAAUACCCUACGCAUCGCUUGCUCGACAACAAAUCUUAUAUCAAAGAAAUCCCCGGCUUUCAUGUGAACAUGCUGGCUCCUCUCCAUUUCUGAGUCCGCAAGCUGCCAAAGUGAUGCGAGGCUUGUCUUGUCUUUUAUAUGAUAAUUGA